AAGGAUCUGGGAUCUGAGCACUGAUAAGGAAUGAGGAGAGCCUCCGUUCUACUCCAAGCAAGAGAAGGUAGCAGAACAAAAUGGCUGCUCUGACUAUAGACCCGACAGAGCAGCCUCGGAUGUACCAGCAGACCCUUCUUCAAGACGGACUGUGUGACCUGUUGGAGAAUGACAAGUUUGUGGACUGUGUCCUCAAAGUCAAGGACAAGAAGUUCCCCUGCCAUCGCUUGGUUUUAGCAGCCAGUAGCCCCUUCUUCAAGGCGAUGUUCCUGUCUGACCUGGAAGAGAGCAAGGCGCGUGACAUAAUCCUCAAAGAUGUGGAGCCCGGCACCAUGGGGAUGAUUUUGCGCUACCUCUACACCUCUGACAUUAAUUUGACAGAGCAGAACGUCCAGGACAUCUUCAUGGUGGCUAACAUGUACCAGAUCCCGUCCAUCUUCUCGGUUUGCGUGUCCUACCUUCAAGAGAAGCUGGUACUCGGCAACUGCUUGGCUAUCUUCAGGUUGGGGCUGCUGCUGGACUGUCCGAGGCUCGCCUUGACUGCUCAGGAGUUCAUCUGUGAACGCUACCAGCUUGUCAUCAGGGACCAGGAUUUCCUGCAGCUGGCCGCCACCGAGCUGGCUCUCAUCAUCAGCUCAGAUGCGCUUAAUGUCCAGCGAGAAGAACAGGUGUUCGAAUCCCUGAUGGGCUGGGUCGAACACGAUGAGAAACAAAGGCUGGAGGAACUGCCCGAAUUGUUGCACUGCAUCCGCUUUAGGUUGAUGCCUUUGGACUACUUUAAAAAAAAAGUGCAAUGCCAUCAAUACAUCCGAUUGAACCAGGAGAUCGAGAAAGAGCUAGACCUGGUGAAUGAUGCUCACAGAGGUCGUCUUCCAAAGCCCAAGUUGGAAGGAACGGAGGGAGAAGAAAGCGAGAAGGACCAGGAGGGCUACCUGCCGGGAAUCCUCAACAACAACCCACGUUUUGGGAUGUUUGAGAUGGACUUACUACUCAUGAUCAGUGAAACGGGCACAGUGGCCUAUGAACCAGUUGCAAAUGAAUGCUUUGUGGUGUCGGACUCUGGAGAAAUUCCAAAGAACCACUGCAGUCUGGUAACCAAAGAGAACCAGGUGUUUGUUGUGGGCGGACUUCUCUACAAUGAGGAGAACCAAGAUGAACCCUUCAGCUCUUACUUCUUACAGUUUGACCCAGUCAGCUCCGAAUGGUUAGGGAUGCCCUCACAACCCAACCCACGCUGCUUGUUUGGAAUGGCACAAGUGGAGAACUCCAUCUUUGUUGUUGGAGGCAAGGAACUGAAAGAAGGGGAGCACGUUCUGGACUCGGUCAUGAUUUACGACAGACAGUCAUUCAAAUGGGGUGAGUCAGACCCUCUUCCGUACGUUGUGUACGGGCACGGGACCGUAUCACACAAAGGCCUCGUCUAUGUUAUUGGUGGCAAAUCAGAAAGCAGGAAGUGCAUGAGGAGAGUCUGCGUCUACAACCCCUCAAAGUUUGAGUGGAAGGACCUGGCCCCCCUGAAGACAGCUCGCUCCCUGUUUGGCGUUGAAGUCCACAAGGACCAGAUUUUUGUCGUUACGGGCGUUACAGACACGGGUCUCACCAGCUCGGUGGAGGUCUACGACAUAGCCAGCAACGAGUGGUCAGAUUUGAGCGAGUUCCCUCAGGAGCGCAGCUCCCUCAAACUGAUGUCCAUGGCGGGCGGCUUGUACGCCGUGGGCGGCUUUGCCAUGAUGCCCAGCGAAAGCAGUGAGGAGCCUGUGCCAACAGAAAUGACUGACGUCUGGAGAUACGAUGACACCAAGAAGCAUUGGAGUGGGAUUCUACGUGAGAUUAUCUAUGCAGAGGGAGCCACCAUUGUUCCGGUCCGGCUCAACACUCUGCGCCUCAACAAAUUAUAAUCAUGCAUUGUAUUACAGAUGACGUACAGAGAAGGCUUAGAUGGAAAUUUAAUUAUCAAACCAUAUAUUGUAUAAAAGUCUAUUCACACA